AUGGAGAUCGCGCUGGACGGCGGAUGGACGCGCGAGGCGUACGCGAGGGCGAAGAGGGAGGAGCUGGCGCGGCUGGAGACGCGGGGCGAGCGACGCGAACGCGCCGGACGCGGCGACGCGUCCGUCGCGCCGAGGCGGUCGAGCUCGAGCGCGCCGACGCUGGACGACGAGGGCGUGCGCGGGACGCCUGACGCCGAUCUGGACGAGCGACGGCUGACGCUGAGCUCGGUGCAGUGUGGGCAGCGCGUCGUGCCGGAGAGCGUCUUCAAGACGCCGAAACCGUCGAGGUUCGGACCGGCGCACGCGACGGUCGCCGCGUCGGCGUCACCGAUCGGGGCGAGCGAGGCUCGAGCGAACGCGAAUGCGUUGGACGCGGCGAUCGUACGCGUGAAGAGUCAGCUUCUGUUUUGUGAGAAGGCGACUCGAAAGCGGCGCAAGACGCUCGAAGAGUACACUUGGACCGACCACGAAGUGCUGCAAGUUUUGUUGAAACGCGUCAAGUACGACGUCGCGAGCGCGCGACAGUUGAUGAUGAUUUCCCGGUCGUUCCUUGAGUCCCGGGACCGCAUUCAUGCCGACGUCACGUACGCGCAGACGUUGCGAACGGCGAUCGACACGCUCGAACGCGACGUACGCUUGAUCAUCGCUGGGAAAGACGAGACGCGGGAGCACGACGGCGAUCAUCGUUCGUUACAUCUCCUUUGGCCGGACGAGCAGAGUGAGACGAACACAGAGGCUCACGCACUUUUAUCGUCCGCCUUGCGCGCGCGCUCGAGCUGGGCCGAUGACCAAGCGCGCGAAAUCGGCGCCGAGCACAGCAAGAGGCUGCGGGAAAUCACGCGAGCGCAAAAUGAUUUGUUGGCGACGAUCACGGAAGGUUCGUGCGACCAGAUGACGCACGACGCCGCUUGCAAAGCAAUCUACAUGGUUUUGCGCAUGUACAAGACCAUCUUUCUACUGACGGAGCACGCUAGAGCUAGAACUACGUAA